CCAUGAUGCUUUGCUGCGUGUUUCCGGAAGUAAUACGUCUCCAUCGGGGGCAACGAUAGCGUGUCGUGCUGUUUUCAGGUAAUUUGCGGUGUUACAGAAAGACGCCGCCAUGCCGCCUGGGCCUGUUCAGAUAGUUCAGCCGGAGCCCAACAAUAAGAUUGAUGCACCAGUAGAGGAAACCCCAGCUACUAAGCCAAUUGUUGGCAUCAUAUAUCCACCUCCUGAGGUCAGAAACAUAGUUGACAAGACAGCCAGCUUUGUUGCCAGAAAUGGUCCCGAGUUUGAAGCAAGAAUUCGUCAAAAUGAGAUCAACAAUCCAAAAUUCAAUUUCCUCAACCUCAACGACCCAUACCAUGCCUACUACCGUCACAAGGUUAAUGAAUUUAAAGAGGGCAAAGCACAAGAACCCUCUGCAGCAGUGCCCAAGGUUAUGCAGCAGGCCAUGCUGCAAUCCCAGCAGCUGCCUCAAAAAGUGAUUCAGGAGGCAGUGAUUCCCAAAGAACCUCCUCCUGAGUUUGAGUUCAUUGCAGACCCUCCGUCAAUCUCAGCAUUUGACCUGGAUGUUGUCAAACUCACUGCCCAGUUUGUUGCUCGCAAUGGCCGCCAGUUCCUCACUCAGCUCAUGCAGAAAGAACAGAGGAACUACCAGUUUGACUUUCUGCGGCCGCAGCACAGCCUUUUUAAUUAUUUCACCAAACUGGUUGAGCAGUACACUAAGAUACUCAUCCCUCCCAAAGGCCUGUUAACCAAGCUGAAGAAGGAGGCUGAGAAUCCAAAAGAGGUUAUGGACCAGGUACGAUACCGUGUUGAGUGGGCAAAGUUCCAGGAGCGUGAGAGAAGGAAGGAAGAGGAGGAAAGAGAGAAAGAAAGGGUGGCAUAUGCCCAAAUUGAUUGGCAUGACUUUGUAGUGGUCGAAACGGUGGAUUUCCAGCCCAAUGAACAAGGCCACUUCCCUCCACCAACCACACCAGAGGAGCUUGGUGCUCGUAUCCUCAUCCAAGAGCGCUAUGAGAAGUAUGGAGAGAGUGAGGAGGUGGAGAUGGAGGUUGAGAGUGAAGAUGAAGAUGAUGUGAGAGAGGACAGAGGCAGUGGGCAUCCCUCACAGCCUGAUCAAGACACACAAGUUCAGGACAUGGAUGAGGGAUCUGAUGACGAGGAUAUGGGCAUGAAGGCUCCUCUGCCACCAGACAAUCCAAUGCCACCUCCAUUGCCUCCAACUCCAGACCAGGUUAUCAUCCGCAAAGACUAUGACCCCAAAGCCUCCAAGCCUCAGCCUUCAAUCGCGGCUCCGGAUGAGUACCUCAUCUCACCCAUUACUGGCGAGAAGAUCCCAGCCAGUAAGAUGCAAGAGCACAUGCGAAUUGGUCUGCUGGAUCCACGCUGGCUGGAGCAAAGAGAUCGUGUUAUCAAAGAGAGGCAGAUUGAAGAUGAAGUCUAUGCUCCUGGUUUGGAUAUUGAGAGCAGCUUGAAACAGCUGGCUGAGAGGCGUACUGAUAUCUUUGGUGUGGAAGAGACUGCUAUUGGUAAGAAGAUUGGUGAAGAGGAAAUCCAGAAGCCAGAGGAAAAGGUCACUUGGGAUGGCCACUCUGGAAGUAUGGCUCGUACACAGCAGGCAGCACAGGCCAACAUUACCCUGCAAGAGCAAAUUGAAGCCAUUCACAAAGCCAAAGGGCUCGUCGGAGAGGACGAUACCAAGGAGAAAAUUGGCCCAAGCAAACCAAGUGAAAUUCAUCACCAGCCUCCCAUGCCCUCCUCUGCACCGAGUAUGCCGAAACCGAGUCCUCCCAUGACUUCUCUGCCCCGUCCACCCCUAUCUAUGGCACCUCCAGUGCGCACCACUCUUCUGUCUGCUGUACCUGUACUUCCAAGGCCGCCUGUGUCCCCUGUGGUGCGCCUUGCACCAGGACAAGUUCUAAGCUCAGUCCCUCAUGCUCCCAUGAUUCCUGCGCCCCGUAUCAAUGUGGUUCCCAUGCCACCAUCAGCACCCCACAUCAUGGCCCCAAGACCACCUCCCAUGGUUGUUCCAACUGCAUUUGUUCCGGCUCCACCAGUGCCACAACCACCAAGCUCUGCUCCUGCACCGCCUUCUCACCCACCUCCGCCUCACGACGACGAGCCGGUCAGUAAGAAAAUGAAGACAGAGGACAACCUCAUUCCAGAGGAGGAGUUCCUGCGCAGAAAUAAGGGCCCCGUGGCAGUUAAAGUACAGGUUCCCAACAUGCAGGACAAGACGGAAUGGAAGCUAAAUGGCCAAGUGCUAAAUUUCACUGUCCCUCUCACAGACCAGGUGUCGGUUAUUAAAGUCAAAAUCCAUGAAGCCACAGGCAUGCCAGCAGGAAAACAGAAGUUACAAUAUGAGGGCAUUUUUAUCAAGGAUUCCAACUCUUUGGCUUAUUACAAUAUGAACAACGGUUCAGUCAUCCACUUGGCACUGAAGGAGAGAGGUGGACGAAAGAAGUGAACCAUGCAGCGAUAAAGAAAUUCCUGUCAUGUCAUUUUAGUUAAAUCCAUAUUGUGUCACAAUAUAAUCCACUUUUCAUCAAGGGUUUGUAAGGAAAACCUUGUCCUUGCAUUUUAACUGUUGUUCAUGACGAUGAAAGAAGUCUAUGACCGAUUGGAUUCAUGUGUUAAGUUCAACUCUUCUUGUGUUCAUGGUAAUACACAUUUAGUGACUGCAAAUACCCAUGAUGUUCUACCAUUCAAAUAAAGGAAUGUAAAACAAUA